GAAAAGAUAUCCCCGCCAUGUCCAACUCCUUAAUCGUCCUCCCGCGCCCCGGGGCAGCGCCGUCCAGCAACGCAGCACAGCCCAUCCCAGCCCCAUCGGAAGCCGCCUUUGUCGCAACUUUCGGCAAUCGGCUUCCACCGGCAUCAUAUUUACAAACACCCCACGGCAAAGCAGCAUACUACGAGCUACUACCCUCAUCUCCCGCUGCCACAGAUGAGAAAAAGCUCAUAUCCCGGGUGCUAUUUGUCCAUGGCGUGCAGACGCCCGCGAUCGGCCUCCAGCCUUUAGCCAGCGCACUGUCAUCGCGUUUCCCAUCGGCUCACUGUGUCCUAGUCGACCUGUGGGGUCACGGACUUACGGAAACACCGUUUGUGGCGCACGACCCGGCUCUCUUCCAUGGACUAUUGGAGAACUUAAUGGUGCACCUCGGAUGGGCAGAUGCCCAUUUCAUUGGCUAUUCGUUUGGCGGGUCCACCACGGCAAGUUUCGCGGCAGCCCACCCCGAACGCGUAGCGUCGAUGGCUUUGGUUGCGCCGGCAGGUCUGCGCCGCACCGCGGGGCUGGAUGAGGUGCAGAAAUCUUACCUGCGUGGUGGGGAGGGGGUGGAAGAAGCGGCGCGAGAUUGGAUCUUGGAAGUGCUGGAAGGAGGCCGGUUAGUUGUGCCUUCAGAUUGGAAGGAGAGGGUUGCACGAGGUGAAGUUGUGGCAGAGGCCGUGAGAGACUGGGAAAUGAAAGAACAUCCAGGGCAUGCUGCUAGCGUCGUCGCCAUAUUCAGGGAUGGCGGUGUGUUUGAUAAACAUGCCGAAUUUGCGAAAGCGGCGACGACGGGGAUUCAGUCUCUAUGUGUUCUGGGCGAGUUGGAUGACUUGUGUAGUGUGCAAGACUUGCAUGAGCUUGGGAUGCAGAAUGUCGAGGUUGUGCCGCAGGUGGGCCAUGGAGUGGUUAGGGAAAGGGUACCGGAGGUCGCGGGGUUUAUUCAGCAGUUCUGGAAUAGACUCCAGGAGUGAGAUAUACUCCCGUACAGUCAUUUUUGUUCAUAUCAGUUCAUUGAUACUGGCGGUAAACAGGGCUACAUAAUGGGAUCUCAUAUUGUUGUGAUAACUUCAUCUUUCAUAGGAUAGGUUGGCUCAAUGGUGCUUGUUGGCUGUAAACUUAGCAGGAUGAAG